UGUGUACACCAGUCGCUCAUAUGUAAACAAAUUAACGAAAAAGGUAGAAAAAAACAACUGAAAAAAUUAUGAAAAACAGAAAAAUCUUGUGUCGACUCGAUCGUCAAAACGUAAAAUAGAGCGACUUCAUGAUGCUGGGUAUUUUGAGAAGCGUAAAGCUUAGCUGUUCGUUGUUGAGAUGGCUAAAUUUAAACGUAAAAGUGCCGAAUUCGAGGACUUUAAGAGCUUUAAAAUCGAUUCCAGAAGUUUUUCUAGGCAGUUUUCUGGAAUUUACAAGGCUCGAUUAGCCUCGCUGAAAGUUGAAGUUCUGAAACGUGCGAAAUUAAAGUGGAGUGAUCGUGAUUUUCUGCAAAUUGUUGAUUUAACAAAAGAUAAGUACGAAGAAACGCCAUGCAUCAUUAUUGGCACACUGUACAAACAUCAAGAAUUGAAACCAUCAAUCUUGAAAGAAAUGUCAGAGGAGCUCCAAACUAUUCCUCAGCCACCAAGACAAAAUUAUUGUUCUCCUAGAGACUCAUUGUUUUUGGAAGAUGACGUUGCUCGUGUUAAACUUGUUGGUAAUUUAAAUGUAGAUACAUUGGUUACUGGACUAGUUUGUGCUGUCAAUGGUCAUGGGUUGAGUGAUGGAACAUUUUGGGUAGAUGAUUUUUGUUUUCCUGGAUUGCACCUCAAACCUCUUACUCAAACUCCAAGCAGUUGUGCAAAAGAUCAUGGAAAGUUUUUGUUGUUUAUAUCAGGACUAGAUUUUAUAAAUCAAGGAGCUUGCCUUGCUCAACAACUAUUAAGUGACUGGAUUAAUGGUUUUGUAGGAGAUGAAUCUUUUCAAGAGAAAGCAGCUAGUAUAGUGCGUGUGAUAAUAGCUGGGAACAGUAUUAGAGGUUCACCAGAAACCUUUACUAGAAAAGGUUAUUUUGAGAAUAAGAAAAAGUUUUCUCUAUUUGCUGCAAAUAUAAAUGUAGCAACAAAUAGAUUUGACAGUUUUAUCAGUAGAAUUGCACAUACCUGCACUGUGACAUUAUUGCCAGGAGAGUUUGAUCCAACAUGCCAUUCGCUUCCUCAACACCCAAUUCAUCCUCAUAUUUUACCAUUAACUCUCAAAGUUGGAACUUUACAUGGAGCUACCAAUCCUUGGAUUGGUAAAAUUGGUUCAAGAAUAAUUGGCGGAUCUAGUGGUCAACCAAUACUGGAUAUUAUAAAGGUAUCAAAUGUUGAUGUUUCUCCAAUUCACUGGUUGGAAAAAACUUUAGAGUGGAUGCAUUUUGCUCCAACAGCACCAGAUACAUUAGCAGAGUAUCCUUUUGAUCAGUCGGAUUCUCUUGUUAUGAAUGUUCAUCCUAAUAUUUAUUUUGCUGGCAAUAUGGAAAAGUUUGAAACAAAACUACUCCAAGGUAUUAACGGGAAAGGCGAUUAUGAAGGGCAACCAAUCAGGUUGAUUUGCAUCCCUAAAUUUGCAACAACACAAACGGCGGUUUUAGUUGAUUUAGAAUCGUUAGAUGCAAAGCAGAUUUCAUUCGGUAGUAUUCAAUUGGAAUAA